AUGGUGUCAAGUUCCCGAAGUUCUGUCGUCGUUCUCGUUGCUGUGGUACUGUUGUGGGAAUUUCCCUAGUGAAAGUGUUCCAUUUUCCAGCUGAGAAUUAAGGCAAAAAUUCUGAGAAAUUAAGGAACUAUGGAUUUUAACUUUAGAGUUAACGAUAUCUUCAGUAAUGAAAUUACCAUUUUGACAAAGGAAUUAUUACCUGAACAGUAUCUAUCAAUGGGAAUGAGUGCAAGAUUAGACUGCAUAAAUAAAGUGAAUACUGUUUUGGACGAAAUAGGAUGGGCAUCAGCUAAGGCACAGGGACUUCUUAAGCCCAUAACAAGUGGUGGCAAACUGAAAGAUUCAGAACAUAUUCUGUAUUUACUGGUUGACCCAGGAACCUCCAAUGGGAGAGGAAGUGUUGUUGGUCUUCUGAAAAUUGGUCGCAAAAAGUUAUUCAUGUUUGAUUUGGCCGGAUAUCAACAUGAGGUCGAGCCUCUUUGCAUAUUGGACUUUUACAUUCAUGAAUCCAAACAGCGGACAGGUUGUGGCAAAAGACUUUAUGAAUACAUGCUUAAACAUCAGAAUGUUCUUCCUCGGCAACUGGCCAUUGACCGUCCCUCUGAGAAAUUUCUUACUUUUCUCUACAAACAUUAUGGCCUUGAACACAUUCUCCCUCAAAUGAACAACUUUGUCAUCUUUGAUGGAUUUUUUGACUGUGACUCAGGUGAUAAUCAGAAGGCUCCUGUGUGCAAUGGUGGUAGCAGUUUGCAGGUAACACGAAGAGUGAAUAAUCAGAUGUCCUCUGUGAAGUCAACAAACAGAAACAGUGCAUAUGAUUUAGCUUCAAGAUGUUCUGUUGGUCGCUUUUCUGCCUACAAACCUGAAUCAACAAUGGGCAAUAUACUCCAUGAUGGUCUAAGCCAGAGUAUUCCAAGAAGCGAACUACCUGAUGAUGCACUAAAUGGCAGUAGUCAAAAUGAGCACACUUCAGUCAUAGUUGGGGUUGCAAAUUCAUCUGCAAAGGAGUCAUCUUGCCCUCCUGGCUUUCUGCAGCAGAAGAGUGUGGAAUCAACUAUUUCCGAAGAUAAAUCCGCAUAUCGACACUCUCGCCUUUGGUAGUGAAGGUGCACUCACAGACUGUGUUAUUUUAUUUCCUUUUCCACAUUCUAAAAAUCGUUUUCUUGUUAUAUUUGUUUGCAAAUUCCUUUACUGUAUCUUUCACUGUACUUAUCACUUGCAAGAUUUUAUUGGUUGUUUUGUUUUUGUUAAUGAUUUAAUUAGAUUUUCUUUUAAGGCGUCUGUAAGCAUUGGUUUGCAAUGAAUCUCCUAUUUUUUAUCCGGUAGAAAUUGUUGUGAAUAUAUUCUUAUAGUUUCUUCUGUAGAGACACUUAUUUUUUAAAAUUGUUUUAAAAGAAUUGUGUAUGACAUUGAAACUGAAGUAUUUUAACUUCUCGUGGUUCGACUGUUCCGAUUGUGUUAAUUUGGGUCCAUUGUGAAUUUUCACCACCAAAACCCAGUUCCUAGUUAGUGUAAUAUAGGGAAGAAUUUGGGUUGGAUUCAUUGUUACCUUCUGAAAAUUCUUCAUUCCUUUAUUCAAUGUAUGAGUGUAUGAUUUUGUGCUCUCAAUAGUAAUCAAAAUUGUUUCAUGCAUCUUUGGCCAAGUUAAUGAACCAACUUGGUUCACUUAGCAACAGUUGGUCUACUUGAAGCAUAAGGCCUUUUGCUGUUUUCCAGAAUAAAGUGUCUAUUGCACUUCCAUUCUAAAAGUCUGGCCUUUUAAGCAAGCAACCAAACAUGUAUAUUAAGAAAAUAUUUUGUACGUGAUAAUGUGUUUUUUCAAACAACCUUCUGUGCGUAGUUUUUAGGUGUCGACUGUGAUCUUCACACUUUUCUUCUAAUCAAAGCUCAUGGUACUUACUUUGGUUGUAGCUGAAGUUCAGUUUUUCCUCCUCUUCACUGCAAAUAAUUAUUCUGGGAAAGUUAUCACAAGGUCAAUCUGUGUUGCCUUCUCGGAUUUGUACUGUUUUUUUCAGAUUUCACUCCUUUUGCCACAUCAUUAUUAAUGAGUUGUGCUAUUUGAAUGUCUUCCAGAAGCAGCCGUCAUUAUAUUUCUGUGCUUACAGUCACAGGUUCAUCCUAUUUUAACUUGAAGAGCUCUCACUCUUUCUUUCUCUCUCACCUAUCUUCUGUCAAAACAUUAAUCAGAAUUAUCAAUAUGGUUGUUGUUUUGUCUGUGAUAGUUUAAAAAAAUUAAAACCUAGAUAUUGACUUGAAUUUUAAUGUUAAAAAUAUGUUGUAUUUUUAUUUAUUACAUGUUGACAUGGUUGGACUUUUUAUACUGUUUUAUAACAUUAUUUUUGUUACUGUAGUAUGUGUUUUAAUGUAAAUUCAGAUCAUCAUUAUCGGACCAUAAUUAAGACAGUGUUGAGCUGAGCCAUUAAAUUUUUAGUUUCACUUUGAUGAGCCUUUCCAUUUGAGGCUCCUCAGGACCCUAGUUUUAUCACUGGGCUGUUCCCAAAGAUAUAUAGGUUUUUAUUCAAUAGCAAACACAUGAAAAUGUGAAUUCUCCUCCUUUCCCUCCUCAAAUCUUAUUAUAGUGUCCUUAAUUUAUUACUGAUAUUCAAAGCAGUAUCCUGUACUGUACACAAAUAUGAAUAUUUAAUGUUCAUUGAGUUGUCAGGAUCAUCUUUGAUUUCAGAGGUCGAAUUGGUUCAGGGGCCAGCUUUUUAUGUUAAGAAUAUUCCUACCUGGUCCACAAUUAAUUAAGUGGUUGUGGUUUUCUUUUGUUAUUAAUUCGUGGUGCAAAGCAACGCUAUUCAGAAAAUACUCACAUGCAAAGUGCUUAACACAUUUUAAUUUAAUUUUGUAAUACUUCACCUAUGUACUUUUGUGAGAGCACCUGUAUGAUAGUCAUAUGUUUCCUCUUAUGGUGAUAUUCCAUUCUAGAAUACUGUUCCACUCACUUCACUAAUACCAAAGAGUCAUCAGUAUCAAUCAAAGCUUUAUUAACAACGUUGAACAAAUGUUGUAACCUUGUUUGCCUUAUUUGACAUAUUUGUUACUGUGUGGAUGAUUUGCUUUUCUUUCAUCCAGACAAUACUAACCUUAUUGAUAUUAUGCUCAGAUUCAAAUGAAGUUUAUUUAUUUUUACACUUGCAGUCAGUAAAAUGUGUUUUAUUUUUCAUCCUUCAAGUUCAUGGUUUUUGCAGCUGUCUUUUUUUAAAAAUAUGAAUGAAAAACAACACAUAAAAUUGGCAUAUCAAGUGUGAGUUGAGUGUGUAUUGUGUAAUGUUCCAGAACACAGUUCCACAGCAGAUUGUUCUUCGUGGAUCUGAAAAUUUAAGAAGUAUUGGUGGUGGACUUCUUGUCUUCAUAAUGGAAUUGUACCUCACAUGAAACAAAACAAUUAAAGAAUGCAUUCUCACCUUAA